CAUUCCACUAACUCAUUCAUCUAGCCCGGUAUACUAAUAUUUUGAUAUGUUUCUCCAUCCCUAAUUGCUGAGUAGUGGUGGGGCUUGAAAACCAAAAGAAAAUGGUAGCUCUGAGUCGAGGAAAAGUUAGUUGUACCUUAAGUGCACAUGGAUAACACCAACAACUGUAUGACCAAAAACCUUAACGUAACCUUGAAAACAGAGGUGGGCGCUUUGCUUGCCUAUGUCAAAAAGAAGUAUAUGAAUCACCUCUAUUAAUAUACUAUCACUCAAAACAACUUAAUUUAAUAACAAUCACACGCUAAUCAUCAGCCUACUCAGUCACAAUCAUGUGCCUUUGAUUCCAUUCUCACUCUUCCAUCUACAUCAAAUCUACACAUACUUAAAAAUAGCAAAAGAGAAACAAGAAAUUGACAAUGGCAUUGAAAAGCAGAGAGCCAGCUUCUAUGCUUGAAGGUGAUGGGCUUUGCAUCAGCAGAAUUCUUGCUAGAGAAUCAUCAGUGGGGCAAUCUUCACGUGUGUUUUAUCGAUCCAACGAAGGCAUUCCGUUUCGAUGGGAAAUGCAGCCAGGAACAGCAAAGAAUCCACAGCAAGAGGAGCAAGUUAUUCCUCCUAUUUGCCCACCACCACUCAUGCAGUGCUUAGGCCUCCCUCUCCCCAAUCUCGAUGAGCCGGAGCCACCGCGGCUGAAAACAUCCAUGAUUUGGAGGCUGAGAAAAGUGCUGAAAAAAGGAAUCACCACGAAUAUGAUAAAGAAGGUGCGUGGAAUAAGAAACAAAGAGCAAGAGAGCUCUAGAUUCUCUUUAACCUCCGAUGUUUCCAUGGUCGAUUCUCCCUUCUGCUGCAGCCCUUGGAACAUUCCAGCCAUCCUGGAAGAAGGGAACACCAGAAUAUACUACUGCAACAUACACAAGAAUGAAUUCGCCGUGGAAGAAGGCGAUUUAUUUAUGAGCAGAAUUCUCUCCCAAGUUUCCGCACCGGAGCAGUUUUCCGACCCGCUGCACGGCGGGGAUUCAGCGGCGGGCGUGCCGUUUGGAUGGGAGAUGCAUCCAGGCACGCCCAAGGUGGCGGCUGAGGAUGAGCUCAUCCCGCCACCCAGCCCUCCGCCAGCGGCGCAAAGCCUGACACUGCCGCGGCCUGCGCCAGCUGGCGGAUAUAUGAAGACGAAGAGCUCGGCGUGGAAGAAGGCUUGGCUCUGGAUAAGGUGGCGCGGUGGGAAAACGGAAACAUUGAAAAUGCAGCACGAGAUCAGCUUUAGGUAUAAUGAGAAAUGAGGUGUUGAUGAUCCUUCUCCUCCUCCUCCUCUUCGGAAAACCUCGUCGGUUGGGCCGCUGCCGAGAAGCUGCGGUUGGAGGGUGUCGAAGAUUCGGAGGAAUUUGGCGGGGAGGUGUGGGCCUUGGAAGCGAAGAGAGUUACUUGUUUUUGCUGGGAGAAAGUGAAACUCCUUUGUUGUCGUAGUGCUUGUUUGGUAGCUUAGAUAAGACCAAGAUAUAUAAGUGAUAUGGGCUUAUUUAACCGUAUGGUAGAUAAGAUGAAGCCCAUAUUAGACACUAAAAGCGCAUUUUACUUUAAUUAUCUUGUGUUAUUUUAACACGUCUACUAAAC